AUGCGAGCUCCUCUGGCCACGAAUUUGGCUGAAAAUGGACAAGGCAACGAUGAGCCGACGCCCAAGGGCGAAGAAACUAAAGCCCCCGUAAGGUUGUGACACCAAUCGAGAGAGGACUUCUUCGCGAACACAAUGAUACCACAACCAUGCCUUAAAACCCUCUGGCUUAUGAGUUACAAACGUUUUUUCCAAGGUGGAAAGAAAAUUUUGUCAUCCGGGUUUUUGUCUUUUUUGGAAAAAGGGCAUGUAAAGUGCAUCAAAUGAUAUGAUUUUUUGGGCAUGGUGUUAGACUGUCCUAGGAUGUUUCUAUGCCGAAUUUGGAGGUUCUAGGCCCAGUGGUUCCCGAGAUACGAGGUGGAAAGAAAAUUUUGUCAACCAGUAUAGAAAACGGAUUUUUCGACCCCUACAAUCCUCGUUCAACCCCUUACAAGGAUAAUUUUUGCUUUCUCUGUCAAGAAUUAUAUUACACUGGACAUCAGAACCAAGAAUUCCCCCAAUCAGGACUUUUCACUCGAAAUACCCUUACAAGGACCUAAAAUUGGAGCGGCAUGGAAAACUUACCGGAUGUGUUGGUAAAAAUGGGCGAAGCCAUCAAGAACUUAGCAGAAAAGAUGGAACGAGCAUGAAAACAACUUCCAAUGACCGAACCACCGCUCUCACUCAUACAAUGUCUCUCCUUGGUUAGUUCAACUAUGAUCCAGACCACGAUUACACAUUCAACGAAUGGUAUUGACAGAAUGAGAGCAUCCUCACAGACAAUUGCAAAGACGAUUCGGGAAGGAAGAAAAUCGUACUCAAUGCCCUUGGAAAAGAAGAAUACGUUCAAUUAAAAGGAAGAACCUCACCCCGUACACCGGAAUCCAUGGAAAAUAAGGAAUUAUUACGCACAUUGAAGGAAAUCUUUGGCCCAACCAAGUCCCUCCGUCGUCGCAGGCACGAAACGCUACCACAUUUCAAGUACGAAAACGAGUACGCGAAGGCUACGAAGAGAUGA